AUGUCAGAAACUACUAGAACAUCGUCAUUGAUCGGUGGCUGUCAAUGUGGAAUGAUUCGUUAUGUUGUUUAUGGUCUAUCAGUUAACAAUGUUAACGUUUGUCAUUGUCGUAUGUGUCAAAAAGCUAUGGGUAUUGUAUUCGGGAUAUUUGCUGAGUUUCGAUCCGAAGAUGUGUCUUGGACAAGAGGCACACCGUCCAAAUUUCGGAGUUCAUCAUAUGGUUAUCGUCUAUUUUGUUCAAUGUGUGGCACUCCAUUAGCUUUUAUGCCAACUGAUCAAACAAAAACUGAAAUUACAGUUGGUAGUCUUGAUCAACCAAUAGCACUCGCACCAGUAGAACAAAUCGGCAUCGAAAGUCGACUUCCUUGGACUAGUACACUAUUGGAAUUACCAGCAAAAAAACGACACAAGAAAAUAAUGUUAUAUCAAUCAAUAUCAUCAAUUAUCAGCAUCCCGAUCACGAAACAGUAA